GACCCCAGAGGGGGACCCAGCUAAGAGUGGGCGGUCUCCAGGUGGAGACGAGGGGGACCCAGACGGGGACCCAGCUAAGAGUUGGGGCUCUCCAGGUGGAGACGAGGGGGCCCCAGCCGAGGGUGAGGAGACCCCAGAGGGGGCCCCAACUAGGAGUGGGGGUUCUCCAGCUGGAAGCCAGGAGGACCCUCCAAGGGUUGGGGGCGCCCCACCCGAGGACGAGGGGGCCCAGCCCGGGGCCGAGGGAGACCCAGUCAAGAGUGGAGGAGAGGAGGAGGCAACCCGGGGCGCGGGGGUCCCAGCCGGGGUCGAGGGGGUCUCCCCAGACCUCAGCCCCCAGGCGACCCCGGACCCCGAGGCCCGGGUCGCCAACCAUCUAUCGGAGCAGCGCAGCCCGGGGGUGAACGGGGAGCAGGACGGCGACGCCUCGGACUUGGGGGUCCCCGGCCGCGAGCACGACAUCACCCUCUUCGUGAAGGCCGGCUAUGAUGGUGAGAGCAUCGGGAACUGCCCGUUUUCUCAACGACUCUUUAUGAUCCUCUGGCUGAAAGGUGUGAUAUUCAACGUCACCACUGUGGACCUGAAACGGAAGCCCGCCGACCUGCAGGACCUGGCCCCCGGCACCAACCCGCCUUUCAUGAUAUUCGAUGGCGAAGUGAAGACGGAUGUGAACAAGAUCGAGGAGUUCUUAGAGGAGAAGUUGGCCCCCCCCAGGUACCCAAAGCUAGGAACCCAGCACCCCGAGUCUAACUCCGCGGGAAAUGACGUGUUCGCCAAGUUUUCUGCAUUUAUAAAGAACACCAAGAGAGACGCAAAUGAUGUUUAUGAGAAGAACCUGCUAAAGGCUCUGCGGAAGCUGGACAGCUACUUAAACAGCCCGCUGCCCCACGAGAUUGACGCGGACAGCGUGGAGGAAGUGGCCCCCUCAGGACGGAAAUUUCUGGAUGGGGAUGAACUCACCCUGGCUGACUGCAACCUCCUGCCCAAGCUCCACAUCAUUAAGAUCGUGGCCAAGAGAUACCGAGAUUUCGAGUUUCCUUCUGAAAUGACUGGUAUCUGGAGAUACUUGAACAAUGCUUAUGCUAGGGACGAGUUCACAAACACGUGUCCAGCGGACCAGGAGAUUGAGCACGCGUAUUCAGAUGUCGCGAAAAGAAUGAAGUGAAACGCUGGGGUGUCCCCGGUCUUAGUUCUUGCUGUACGAGCCAGGCCUCACACAGCCUGUGUCCUCUGCGCUUGCAUUUCUCUCCUCAAACCAUCCUUUGCAAAAUGAUGAUUCUGCUUUAACAGUGGCCUCCCGACUUGUUAACUCAGCUGUGUUCGGGAACGGUACCGCUCUCUCUUAUUAGCCACGGUAGUUGUCUAGUUGUCGCUAAGUUAUGUCUGACGCCUACCCUUUGUAAUCCAUGCCAGCAGGGCCUGUGCUUUGCUGUUUUAACUUUCAAAGCAAAUUAGGUUUGUGUUUAGUUUUUAAUAAAAUUGCCUCUGACUGUU